AUGUGCUACCGCCAAGCAAUCGAGUGGAAAUGCGCCGACUGCGGCAAGAAGUCGCGUGAAAACUCGUCUGUACAAAUUCAAUGCCCCAACAGCGGCUGUCGCAAAGUUCAGCCAAAGCUUCGCCCCCAGAUGAGAUUCAGCCCUGAGCCAUGUCAAAAUUGUCAGCCUCGCAAGCGUCGCGCCAGAAGCAAGAAGUUGCGUGUGAAGGCGGGAGGUCGAGCUGAUCAAGUCAGCGGUGCAGACAGCCCACACGUUCUGGUGAUCGAUCUAUUUGAUGCGGAUGAUGAGAGGCGAACCGUUACGGAAGCCGGCGCGGAUAAGAAACAAAGCCAAUUGGGGAAUGAGAUGGAGAGUAAGGUGCGACUCAUCGAAAUGCAACACUCUGAGCACCAGAUGGAAGCAGUUCGACAAAGCCAGGAACAUCGAGUUGCGCGUCAUGCCACAACGGACGUUCACCUUGCCAGUCCAACUCGUGUCGGAGGUGACCAGGGCCACCCAUCGGCCGCUGGCGAACAUCAACCCCUCGCAUUGCGUCCUCGCCGAGGUGACGGGAUUUGCCGAAUUCGCGAUGCUGUGCAAGAACGCCAUGGGGCAUCACUGUCUGCUCACGCCCUCAUUGCUCUCAACAACUGGUUGGAACUUGUUUAG